AUGGCUAGUCAAGACAGUCCUCUUUCCAUAACAUCCAAUGUCGCGGGAAUCUUAACAUUUGUAGCUGCUAUCGCAGCAGCAAUAUACGUUAGGUUCGCAUACUUACGGAAUGCCGACAACGAAUAUUUCCAAGUCAAAGCGUCUCUUUCGUGGCAUAAAAUGGAGUCACAAUGGCUUCAUGACUUGGUAUACGCAUUUGAUGGUCCAAAAGAUCGUUCUGGACAUGAGAAGGAGUACCAGAUGUAUGUAUUCGUGAUGGAAGAACUUGGAAAGCUCGAAGAGAGAUUACUAGAAUUGGUGACAGAAGCCGAAUCGAAAGCUAGUAGUGAAGAUGAGGCAGGGAAGAAAUGGACGUUGGUACCAAGAAGUAUGGCAUUCAGAACAAGUGUCGCAAUGUCCUGGCUACCUGUGAGAAGAAAGGCUUUGGAAUUGGUUAGGCAAAGGGAUGCGUUGGGUGCGAGAGUUUUAUUUGCUCAGAUGAGUAUGAUGCGAGUUCGAGACCAAGAAUCACGAGCAAAGGAACGAGACAUUUUAGACCACGAAAGAAUUGACCGUCUGGAAAGUACAGUUCAUUCCCAACACGAGAAGCUAGAUCGAUUAGAGUCUCUAAUAUAUCGACUGAUGCGUCGCGAUCGGAUCGAAUCUGAAGGCAUUCCACGUUGGGGACCCCGAAGGAAUGAUACUUUUGGAACGUAUGACACUCCAUCCCAAACUCCACUUGUUACCGGAAAUACAACACCAUUGCCAGCGUCGGAAGCCCACGACCUUGAGUAUCUCCAGAAGCCAGGAUUGACUGCCCUCCAUUAUCCAACAUCCGAUGUUUUUGACGAUUAA